AUGUCGCAGCUCGAGGCACCCUCCCGCCACCGUGCGUCCACCGGCACCUUGGCCGUCCCGCCGGCCCUGCGCCCGGUCCUCCGCGCCUAUGCCCUGGGCUACGCUUCGGCCGUCGCGCCCCGGCUGUUGACCCUCGCCGUCCAGCACAUCCUCAAGCUGCGGCGCAAUGCCGACCAGCUCCUCCCUGCCGACCCAGACGACGAGCCCACGUUUCUCGCCGGCGUUCGCCACAUUCUACGCUCGGGUUUCGACCCGCAGCGCUUCCCGACCUUUUGCGCUGUUCUCGUCGCCGGAACAUCUCUAUUACAUAAACCGUUAGACAAGGUCAUUGCCAGUCUUGGCUCAAAGCUUAGCGAAACCUCUCGAUUACGCCUGGCACGCUUCCUAUGCAGCUUCCUCGCAGGCUGGUUCGGCCUGAAGCUCUUACACACCAAGGGUACCGCCCCUCGCCGGCAUUCUACAGCCCGCAGAACCAGGCAGGAGGAGGAGCUGCGCUGCAAGAAGAUGGCUGGCCGCACCAUGGACCUCACCCUCUUCGCCGCCACCCGUGCUGCCGAUGUCAUUGUCGGCGAGCUCUGGUCGCAGCGCCGCUCCCGCCGCCAGCUGGCAAACAGAUGGACCAAAGCUGAGUCCCUUAUCCAAUACAUGGCCGACCCGCUCGUCUUCGUCUCCUCGUGCGCCCUCAUCAUGUGGUCCUGGUUCUACCACCCGGAUAAGCUCCCCCGCGGGUAUCAGAAGUGGAUUACGUCGGCCGCGCAGGUGGACACGAGGCUCAUUGAGGCCCUGCGCCGCUUCCAUUUUGGCGCCCUCAUCUACGGCCGCGAGACAGGCCAGGCCGGCCUCAUCGGCGACAUGUGUGACGACUACGGCCUGCCGCGGCACUGGGGCGACCCCGUCGCCCAGGUGCCCUUGCCCUGCGAGAUCGUCCACAUGGGCUGCGGCCCCUCGUGCGAGUACCACGCUCUCAGCCGCUUCGCCCGCUCCUGGAAGUGGUCCAUGUACACGUACCUACCCCUCGCCCUAGCCCUACAGCUACGCCGGGGCCUGCCAACGCAUCGCGGCCUCCUCCGCGCCCUGCGCUCCGCCGCCCGCUCCUCCGCCUUCCUCGCCCUCUACAUCACCUUCUUCUACUACGGCGUCUGUCUCGCCCGCACCCGCGUCGGCCCCCACUUCGUCGGCACCGACCGCGAAGCCCGCCAGCGCCUCGACGCGGGAAUUUGCGUCGGCACCGGCUGCGCACUCUGCGGAUGGAGCGUCCUGCUCGAGACGCAGGGGCGCCGCAAGGAUAUGGGCCUGUUCGUCGCCCCCCGCGCGCUCAGCACCCUCGUGCCUCGCCAGUACCCCAAGGAGAAGCAGUGGCGCGAGACGCUGACCUUUGCCGCGAGCACGGCGGUAGUUUUCACCUGCGUGCUUGAGAACCCACGGCGCGUGCGUGGUGUGCUCGGCGGCGUGCUCGGCUACGUCCUCAGGGAGUAG